AUGUUGUUGCCAAUAUUUCAAUCUUCAUUCAUAUAGAUCACUAUGACUGAAAUAAAAGUCAAUGUGAAUGUUUUCUAAGAUAAAAUGGUUAUUUAAGGAUUCAAAGGACGAGAAGAAAAAGUUAUAGACUUUAUUUCAACAGAUUAUUGUAUUGAGUGGGAUUAUGCUACAUAUGAUGUAUUAAAUACAAUUUAGAAGUCAGAAUAAUUAAUUAAAGGGUUUCACAUUAUGUCAAUAUGGACAAAGACUUUAUUAAUUUGAAGGUGAAAUACUAAAAGUUACUGGACUGAGAAGUGUAUUGAAAGGCAAAAUGGGUUUUUUUAAUUGGGAAAAAGAGGUUUCCUUCUUAAGAUGGAUAAAGAAAACUGAUCACUGUGAAGUAAUAAUAUUUAAUAAACUGUAAGAUUUUUCAAGUUUUACGGGGUGAAAAUUUAAAAGUGAUAAAAGUCCUUCAAGACAAUAAUGUAUUACUAUAUUUCUAUUCUAACAUUAGUCUAAUCUAGAAUUAUAAGUUAAUCAAAUGUUAAAUCAUAAACCUCAUGUCAAUCUUCUUCAUUCAGAAGAAUUUUACAAGGAUGAAUCAUAAAUUUAUUUACUCAUGGAUUAUCAUGUUUAAUCACUAGGUGAUUUUUAAAAUGAAUAUAGUAAUAAAAAAAUACCCAUCAAUGUUAUUAGAUCAAUCUUAUAAUAAUUAUUAGAAGGUAUUUUUAAAUUAUAAAAAUAGGACUUAAUCAUUUACAUUCACAUCAUAUAAUACAUAAAGAUUUAAAGUAUGACAAUAUUCUAUUGACUCAAAACAGAACCGUAAAAAUAAUCGAUUUUGGCCUAUCAUAAUUAGGUGAUAAUACUAAUAUCAAAUCUGGAACUGGAGGUUAUAUUGCUCCUGAAGUAUUUAAGAAUUAAACAAUAACUUCAAAAAGUGAUAUCUUUAGUCUUGGUGUUAUAUUUCACAAAUUAUUAACUGGAAAAGGUAUAUAUAAUAAUCUUGAUGAAAAUAUGGCUGGUAAAAUGAAAAUUAGUUCUCAAAUAAAAGAUAAGAAUGCAAAAGAUUUGCUAUUGUCAAUGUUGAAUUAGGAUCCUUAAUUUAGAUUCACUGCUGAGGAUUGUUUGGCUCAUCCGUUUUUCAUAGGGGAAUAUGAUUAACCUUCAUAAAAGUAUGAUAUAAUUUUCAUACUUUUUAGGAUAUGUCUAAGUAAUUAUUUGAGUCCCUUAUCUCAAUAUAAAUUCUAACCCAUAUCUACUUAAAUGAUUAGCUUAUCUUUAUGA